AUGCUACCUCCAAGCUCGUUCUUGCUCGCUGCUUCGCUGCUAGCAGCUUUACCCGUCAACGCCGAUGGCAUCUACACGAAAAAGUCACCGGUGCUCCAAGUCACUGGAAAGGACUACAAUUCGCUGAUUGCAAACUCAAACUACACUUCGAUUGUCGAAUUCUACGCGCCUUGGUGUGGCCACUGCCAAAGUCUGAAGCCCGCAUACGAGAAAGCCGCCCAGAACCUGAACGGCCUCGCAAAAGUCGCCGCGAUCAACUGCGACGAUGACGACAACAAGCCCUUUUGCGGCCAGAUGGGGGUGCAGGGCUUCCCGACCCUGAAGAUCGUGACACCCUCCAAGAAACCCGGAAAGCCGCGCGUGGAGGACUAUCAAGGUGCGCGCACCGCCAAAGCCAUCGUCGACGCGGUGGUGGACCGCAUUCCGAACCACGUGAAGCGUGCAACGGAUAAGGACUUGGACAAGUGGUUGGGUCAGAACGAGGAGCGGCCCAAGGCCAUCCUAUUUACAGAGAAGGGCACGACCAGUCCUUUGAUCCGCGCGCUGGCGGUCGACUUCCUCGGUGCAGUUGAUGUCGCCCAAGUGCGCAACAAGGAGCUCGCCUCCGUGGAGAAGUUUGGUGUCUCUGAGUUCCCGACGCUCGUCGUUGUCCCCGGUGGCGGUGCGGAGCACCAGCUGUACGAGGGUGAGCUGAAAAAGCAGGCCAUGGUCGAAUUCCUCAGCAAGUUCGCGACCCCGAACCCUGAUGCCUCCGGGAAGGCGGCAUCGUCUACGAACUCCAAGCCCAAGUCCAAGUCCAAAUCCAAAUCCUCCAAGUCUACCUCGAAGCCCACGUUUGUCCCUGACGACGAGCCAAUUGUGGACGCAAAUGAUGAAUCAGAAGCCAAGCCAGCUCAGGUUCCUAUCCCUGUGCCCCCACUCCCUACCCUUGCAACCCCAGAGUCACUGGAGUCGUCUUGCCUGGCACCAAAGUCGGGGACAUGUGUACUUGCCCUUCUCCCAGAGCAAGGCGAGGCACUCCCAGCAGCCGCCACAGAUGCGCUUGCCAGUCUGGCAGAGAUUGCCCACAAGCACGCGCAGCGCGGGACACACCUCUUCCCGCUGUACGCCGUCCCGGAGAUCAACUCUGGCUCUCAGACCCUGCGCAAUGCAUUGGGCCUGGAGGAUAAGCAAGGGGUGGAAAUCAUCGCUGUCAAUGCCCGUCGUGGAUGGUGGCGUCGGUAUGAAGCCCAAGACGUUUACUCCGCCGUCGCUAUUGAGCGUUGGGUGGAUGCCAUUCGUCUCGGCGAGGGAAAGAAGGAGAAGCUGCCCGAGGGUCUUGUUGGCGCGGCUGAGAAGGCGAAGGAGGCCGAGCACGAUGAACUGUAA